GAGUGAGAGUCCAUUUAGGUUUGGGCCUCUAAAAGUAUCGGAACACUAAUUCCUCCUCUAAGUCCUCUGUAUCCACCACCACAUGCUUUCUGAGAGAGAAAGAGAGAUUGAGAGAGAGACAUGACGGGCUGUGUGAAUUCUAUUUCUCCGCCGCCGGUGACUUUAUACCGGCCUCGUGCCUCUCCGUCACCAGCUUCACGGUCGUCUUUCUCAUUUUCCGGAGAUUCCGUACACUCUUUUUACCGUCUCCGACGUGUUUCGAGAUCUCCGUCGAUUAUCGCCCCCAAAUUCCAGAUCGUGGCGGCUGAAAAAUCGGAGCCUCUCAAAAUUAUGAUUUCAGGAGCUCCUGCUUCUGGUAAAGGUACACAAUGCGAGCUGAUUACUCACAAAUAUGGUUUGGUGCAUAUCUCUGCUGGAGAUUUGCUGAGGGCUGAAAUCGCUUCUGGAAGUGAAAAUGGAAGAAGGGCAAAAGAACAUAUGGAGAAAGGACAAUUGGUCCCUGAUGAAAUAGUUGUAAUGAUGGUAAAAGAUCGUUUAUCGCAGACAGAUUCAGAGCAAAAUGGGUGGCUUUUGGAUGGAUAUCCAAGGAGCGCAUCACAGGCAACAGCUCUCAGGGGAUUUGGAUUCCAGCCUGAUCUAUUCAUUGUCCUGGAAGUUCCUGAAGAUAUACUUAUUGAAAGAGUUGUUGGGCGUCGAUUGGAUCCUGUCACAGGAAAGAUCUACCACUUGAAGUAUUCUCCUCCAGAGACAGAAGAGAUUGCUGCUAGACUCACCCAACGUUUUGAUGAUACCGAAGAGAAGGCAAAACUGCGGCUGAAAACUCAUAACCAAAAUGUGAGAGAUGUGCUUUCUAUGUACGACGAUAUUACUAUUAAGGUUGAGGGAAACCGUUCAAAACAAGAAGUGUUUGCCCAAAUCGAUUCUUCUCUGUCCGAAUUGCUUCAACAGAGGAACACCGCUCCAAGUUCACUUUUAAGUUGAAUCAUUCUUGGUACAAACCUGAGGAAGUGCUUGCCCAGAUCGACACUACUGUGUCCAAAUUGCUUCAACAGAGGAACACUGCUUCAAGUUCACUUUUAAGUUGAAUCAUUCUUGGCAAGGACCUAACCAGCGGUAAAUAUCCUUUCUUGCAUUUAUCACACUCGAUUGAUAUCACUUGUAUCGCAAUAACGGGUCAUUUUAUUGCCAUUAAGACAAUGUAUGUCUACCUCAAACCUCAGAAAUAUGCAGACCUUCUUAUAUAAUCUGUAGAUUUACUAAAAAUAACCCAUUGUGUUCUCUUGUCGCAAUCAUAAAGAAUAGAACUGAGUUACCAAGUGA